AUGUCGUACGACUUGGAAACCGCCGAAAGAGCCGCCUAUGCUCCAUUCUUCGGCUACAUGGGAGCCGCUUCAGCCCAAAUCUUCACCGUCCUCGGAGCCGCCUACGGAACCGCCAAAUCUGCCGUCGGAAUCUGUUCAAUGGGUGUCAUGCGCCCGGAGCUUAUCAUGAAGUCUGUGAUUCCGGUUAUUAUGGCCGGUAUCAUCGGUAUCUACGGUCUCGUCGUCGCGAUGGUCUUGAAGGGAAAAGUGACGUCGGCAAGUGCUGGUUACGAUUUGAAUAAGGGAUUCGCUCACUUGGCCGCCGGACUUACGUGCGGACUUUGUGGAUUGGGAGCCGGAUAUGCUAUCGGAAUUGUUGGAGACGCCGGAGUCCGUGGAACAGCUCAACAGCCACGUCUUUUCGUCGGAAUGAUCCUUAUCCUUAUCUUCUCUGAAGUCUUGGGACUCUACGGAAUGAUCGUCGCCCUCAUCCUUGGAACUUCUUAA